GAGCUCCCAGUAGGUUUCCUUCUACUGUCAGUUGUUUACUUUGGCCUGUUUGUGAAUUUUCAACUCUUCUGUAAGAGUUUCUGAUGCUGAUUUAGCUUCAUCUAUUUUCCUUGCUGAUACAUACAAGAUUAGAGGUGCUGUCUGUGUGUCUACGCUGUUUUUAUUCAUUUUUGUUUCACUGCCCAGCUUUCACUUAGGGGGUAAAAAAGGAGUUUCGAGUUUCGAGUCAGUAUGGCAGGCAGACUGUCUUUGCCUGAGGAGGACCUGACCUGUCCAAUAUGCUGCACCAUCUUCAGGGACCCGGUGGUCCUUAAAUGCACCCACAGCUUCUGCGCUCCUUGCUUGCAACAGUACUGGACUGUAAAAGGACAAAGACGUGACUGUCCCCUGUGUAGAACCCAGAAUCUGGACGAUCCUGUACCGAGCCUGACCCUAAAGAACCUGUGUGAGUCCUGUGUGCAGGAAGAGGAGAGUCACGACAGGGAGGAAACAGAAAGGGAAAUGUACUGUGAUCCGGGGGAGAUGUGCCCCGUCCAUAAUGAGAAGCUAAAGCUGUAUUGCCUGUUGGACAAAGUGCCCAUCUGUGUGGUCUGCCACACGUCAAGAAAACACAAACAGCACGACUGCUGUCCUGUUAGCGAGGCAGUUCUGGAUGUAAAGGAGAAAAUGAAGUUGGCUAUUAGCACCCUCCAGGAGAAGACGGAGGCAUUUAACAAAAUGAAGAAAAACUUUGAGGAUACAGUGACACAUAUUCAGGAUCAGGCCCGAUUCGUGGAAAGACGGACACAUGAGGAGUUUGAAAAACUCCACAACUUCCUUCGUGUUGAGGAGGAAUCGAGGAUGGAGGCGCUGAAACGGGACGAAGAGCAGAAGACUGGAGAGAUGAGGCAAAUGAUUGAAACAAUCAAGGAAAAUAUAUCGUCCAUGUCGGAAACUAUCAGAGUUUUGAUGGAGGAGAUGGCUCUUGAGGACAUCUCUGUCCUUCAUAAAUGCAAGAGCACGCUUGCAAGGGCAAAUUAUCCUGUUGCAGAUCCAGUCAUGGCUCCAGCGGCACUAAUAGAUGUUGCCAAAUACAUUGGCUCUUUAACUUUCCAGGUGUGGGAGAAGAUGCAAAAAAUCACCCAAUACACUCCAGUUACUCUGGAUCCAAACACGGCGGCCCCAUGGCUGGUCCUGUCAGAUGACCUUACCUCCGUCCAUGACAGCGAUGAGAAACAGAGGCUGCCCAACAACCCGGAGAGGUUCGACCCCGACACUGCUGUUCUUGGCCGGCACGGCCUGUCCUCAGGCAAGCACGCCUGGGAGGUGAACGUGGGAGACAACACGGCUUGGGUUGUCGGCGUGGCUAAGGAGUCCAUCAAAAGGAAGGAGAAAGUGUCUUCUGUCCUGAACAAUGGCUACCUGUGUGUGUACUUUUACCACAAGAUGUACUUCGCCGGUACCUCUCCUUUGACACGGCUGACUCUGAAAAGGAAUCCGCAGAGGAUCAGAGUGCAGCUGGACUGUGAGAAGGGAAAAGUGUCCUUCUAUGACCCGCAUAACAACGCACAUAUCUACACCUUCAAACACGCCAUCACUGAGGCCGUGUUUCCUUACCUCUGGGUGGGCUGUCAGAAGAGUCCUCUGAAAGUCGAACCAGUGGAUGUUUUCUUAAAACUCGCUGAGUUUAGUUAAAAUUCUAACUUGGAUUGAAGUUUAGAUGUUUUUUGAUCUAAACUUUCUAUCUUUCCAUACAAUGUCUAAAGAGUAAAUUUAUUUCAAAGCUAUUGCAGCAGUGUUUUAAACAGGAUUUGAUUACUUGAAUUUCUCUUUUUCCACAUGAUUAUAGUGCACACUUAUCUUUAAUUAAAUAAUAAGGAUUGCACUUAAUUGCACUAAAAUAUUCUGUAUAUAUAAUUAAAAUGUAAUUAUCCUGCAAAUGUUGUAUUGAAGGGUUGUAUUAUCAUUUUUAUCCCAACUUGUGCAAACACCAAUCGUGCUUUUAUUGCAAAU